CUUUCGGGGCUUUCAGGUGGUCAUACUCUGUUUCAAAGACUUUGCGGAUACAAAUAUUAGGAGCCGGGACUUGGACUGAAUACCUGGAACACAAAGAUAAUGCCUUCCUCUAAGAAGAUUCUCCAUUAUACCUCCAGUGCGCUGGCGACCUCCAUUUCUGUGGGGUUGUUAGGAUACGCCUUGUCUACAGAAUGGGCCGAAACCACCAUGAGGUGCACCCCAAGCGGGAACGGCACAGCCGCGAUCAAGCUGGCGCUGUUUGUCGGAAACUCUGAACGGUUCUUUUGUCCCUAUUACGGAGGCUCUAGGGAUUUCCCAGUGUUCGCUCAGCUACAAAAACUGGGGGGAGUUCCUGUGGUCCUGCAUGGUGUGGUGUUGUGCUUGGUGGUCCUGUGUCUUCUAUUCUCUGCUGGCAGCAUCCUAGUCUCCCUCUACAACAGCGUCAGUAACCCUUAUGAGACCUACAUGGGGCCUAUAGGCGUCUACACCUGCAACUCGCUCAGCGCAUGCUUAGCAUUUGUGGUCCUCAUCUGCUUCGUGGCAAAUGUCCACCUGACCAACAUGGCGGAGGAACUAGUACAGACCUUUAUCGGGGAAGACCCUGUGGACCUGACUGAAAAAGUGACGGAGAUGAAGAUAGGAUACUACCUCCUCAUCCCUUACAUAACACUGACUCUCUUAGCCAUUGCCUUAAUCUUCAUAUAUGACCACGCUGCCUACACUCAUAAGAAAGAACAGCAGAGGCCCACCGAGGACGCACCCAAGGAGAUUAUGAUGUAUUAGAGCCCAUGGAGGGGAGUUGUGUUGUUUAUCCUUGCCAUCGGUGAAUCAAUCUUCAAACUUACAGAUGGACAAAGAGUAUUUCUUUUGAAAUGGAAAAUGUUCAUUUCAAUAGGAAGUCAUAGUCAUAGACUGAAUCAGAGGUAUGUACAGUAAUGUUUCAAUGAAUGUGUGUAUAGUUUGUUUUGUAUGUUAAGGCCUGCUUAACAAUUUGCAGGGGAUCAGUCUAGUCAUGCAGUUCUGGAGAACACUUUCUGGUCACAGGUCCCAUUUGUCUGAAUAACUGAUCGUCAACAACAGCACCGGCCCAAGCUUUUAUGGGGCCCUGAGCAGAAUUUGAUUUGGAGGGAGCACUCCCCCGCCCUCGGCGCCGCCAGUGCUAUUGACUGUUGUCAAUGCUUGAUCAUUCACACACCUACUGUAAAUCUAACACAGCCAUUAUCAGUUUUAUUAGUUGUAGUUGUGUUGCUUACGUAAUGCUAAUGUCAGCCUGGCAUGUUUUCACUUUUCUGUGGUUUUUAACCUUAAAAGUCAGCAAACUCACAAGAGUAGUCUGGUGUUAAUUUACACUUUAAUGGUCAUAGUGAUACAGUGCUUCGUGGCAUACUGAACGUGGUUGAUUAAAAAGUAACAAAAUAA